CAUUCAAACCAAACAAACAUAAAUUAUUUCAAAAAUUUAAUUAGAAUCGCAUCACAGGCUAAUUUUGAACUACACUUAGACUUCUUCUUCUUCAACCACAUCCCCGCGUUGAGUUUUUUUUUUUUUUCCUCUUCCACUUGUUUUCACCACCCCGCCGUCUCUUUAAAUUAUCCUUCUUACGAUAACACUAACCAAAACCUAAAAAACGAACAAUCAGAAAAAGAAAAAGGCAGUCAUAAUGGACAAGCAGAAACGUAACAGAUCGAAGCUCGACCGUCGAAACGCUGUCAGGAAUAUAGAUUACGACGCUUCGUAUUCACCUUCUUCAUCAUCAACAUCUACAUCUACAUCGUUCUCGAUGGAAGGCUCAACGACUCCCCGUACUCGGUCUCUUGAUUUAGACCCCAAAACUAGCUUUAGAGUGGAGGGAAUCGACGGUGAAUUUGACCUGAUUUGUCAGACUUUAGGGUUUUCAGGUCCUGAUGAUUUUGCUAUUCCUACUGCUGUUUGGGAAGCUCAAAAAGCGCGGCGGUCGUCUUUCGAUAAUAGUGGUUUAUCUUCUCCGUUUCACGGUGCUAAUUAUCGUGUUAAUGAUCAUAAAGUUUCUAUUUUUAAACGAGAAAUUGAUUAUUCGAAUGAGUUAAAGAAUGGUGUAGAUUUAGGUUUAGUCCAAUUUGGUAAUGGACCUAGAGUUAGUGAUUUAGUUGGUGUGGAGCCAAUUGGAAAUGGUGUUUCUGAUUUUAGUAAACGUCAAUUAGUUCGUCUGAAGCCAAUUGGAAAUAGUGUUACUGAAUUUAGUAAACUAGAAGGUGUGCUUGAGGAAGACAUAGGUCAAUUUGAUAGUGGAACUAGGGCUAGGGUUAUUGAUGAAGGUAAUUUAGUUAGUGCGGAAAGAACUAGAAGUGGUGUUAGAGAUUUUAGUAAGAGUGUGAGGUCUGUUAGGGAAGGAGGCAGCAGUGGUGGGGGAGGAGCGCUUAAAAGUGACAGGCCACUGAUUUUAGCCCCGCCACCGGUGAUAGUGCAGCAAGUAGUUGAUUAUGAGAGCUCGACCUGGGAUAUGUUAAAAUCCUUUGCUCCUCAGGAUAAUGAAGAGUCUUCAGUUCGAGGAGAGGUUAGCUCUUCGAAUGAAGAUGAUAGAGUAAUUGAUGAGGAUAAGAACGAGGAGGAGGAGAAAGCAGUUGGGGAUAGUGAUGGAAAUAAAGAAACUGAAGUUCUUUCUGAACCUUGCUCCUCUCCAUUGAAUGAUGAUGGUGGGGGCAGUGGUGGAAGUGAUGAGGACAAUGUAGCUGCUAUUAAUAUGCAGGCGGCACCGAAUGGGAAAGUGAGAAGAAGUAUUUUUUCGUGGAUAAAGGGUGACGUUUUGGGAAGUGGAUCUUUUGGAACAGUUUAUGAAGGCUUAACUGAUGAUGGAUUCUUUUUUGCUAUAAAGGAGGUUUCUUUGUUGGAUCAAGGAAGCCAAGGGAAGCAGAGCAUUUUACAACUUGAGCAGGAGAUUUCCCUGUUAAGAGCAUUUGAACACGAGAAUAUAGUUCGAUAUCUUGGAACAGAGAAGGAUGAAGCUAAGCUUUAUAUCUUCCUUGAGCUAGCAACAAAAGGUUCACUUGCAAGGCUCUAUCAGAAAUACCAUUUGAGGGAUUCCCAUGUCUCCGCAUAUACAAGACAAAUCUUAAAUGGUUUGAAAUAUCUACAUGACCGGAAUGUGGUUCACAGGGAUAUUAAAUGUGCUAAUAUAUUGGUGGAUGCAAAUGGAUCUGUAAAACUUGCAGACUUUGGGUUGGCAAAGGCAACUACGAUGAAUGAUGUUAAAUCCUGCAAGGGGACUGUAUUUUGGAUGGCCCCAGAGGUUGUUAAUUUAAAGAAUCGUGGCUAUGGACUUGCUGCUGAUAUAUGGAGCCUUGGAUGUACUGUUCUGGAAUUGUUAACUGGUCGACCGCCAUACUCUCACUUGGAAGGCAUGCAAGCACUGUUUAGGAUUGGCAAGGGUGAACCUCCUCCAAUUGCCGAUUCUUUAUCAACAGAUGCCAGGGAUUUCAUUCUGAGAUGCUUACAAGUGAAUCCGACUAAUCGGCCUACAGCAGCUCAGCUGUUAGACCAUCCAUUUGUGAAAAGGCCACAUGAAACUUUCUCUACUCCUUCUUCUCCUCGAUUUAGCAGCUUACAGCCUUGAAAAAUUAUGAUCAAUCUGUGAGGUACAUAUAUGUUGAGGAGCAAUGGGACACAAUGCCAGUGUUCAUCCAUGUCCGUAUUAACUUGGGCAAUAUUUCCAAGAACAGCUACUGAUCUCAUACUAUCCAUGGAUGCAUCACCUUCAUCUUACCUGUUGGACAAUUCUUGGCCUAGGGAAUGGAAUGGUCAUUGGACACGUUAUCUUGAAGAAUUAGUUCCAUGCAAAUGGUCUUUCUGGUGUGUAAUUUCUAGCUCUAGUUAGUGAUCAAAAGGCUAGUAAUUUUUUGACCUAUUUUUUUCCUCAUGGGACAGAUGUAUAGGCACAGGGGGGCAAUCAGGGUGGUGAGUAACUGUACAUAUAAAAUAUAAUGUACAGAUUGUACUGGGAAACAAAAAAGAAGGCAAUUCUGCAAUCAAAGAAAUGUAAAAUUUGUGCAAUUAUUGUAUCCCAAUGAAAAUGUUCUUUAAUGCAUGUUUUCUGAUGAUUAUGUUUGUUCUUUCA